AUGAACGAUAACAGCGAGCACCUACUACUAUUCUACGAUGCGUAUAAAGACAACAGAAACAAAUGGGGAAUCGGCUUAAAUAAAUUAAACAUCCAUAUAGAAAACUACAAAACAAACAGAACGAAAUUAUUUCUAUAUGCAUUAUGGAACAUCCUCAUUUUUAUAUAUAUGCUUGAGUUUUUCGUGAAUUUAUUUUUUCUUCUUUCUAUGUCACAUGGUAAUAUCGUGAGCAAAAGUAUUCUUUCGUUUUCUCUCUUGGAUUCAAUUUUAGUACUCCUUCUGACAAGCCAAGGAAUACAUGCUUACUCGAAUGACAAAUUGAUAGAACUACACAAGUGCGCCAAGUAUUUUCAUGUCCUGAGCAUUUGGUGCUCCGUCAAAUUGCUCGUCUAUGUCUUUGUCGCGAUUCUGUCCUUUGCAAUCCUUCCCAGUGAGAAGCUUAACCACCUUUUUUACUUUUACGGAACCAAGGGGGUUUACUUUAACUACUUUAUAGAGAUAGUUAUAACUUUCAAUGUGAUCAAGUCCGUGUUAACCUUCUUCACUGGACAAAAAAUUCAGUACAUCUUCAGCUGCAUCAGGACGUCCACCAUCCUAAAGAGCAAAAUUCGCAAAGACCUCGAAAAGCAGUCCUUCCUAUUUGAAGACCACACCUACGGCACAUUCAUGACUGACUGGCGGGAGUGA